AAAAUAGAUUUAUGCUGCACUAUUCUGUUUCACAACAUACACCAAAAAUGACCAUUAAGCGGCGGCGGCCGCGUUUUUCUCCGGCUGUAUUCCGGUGCCGGAGUCUUCUUCCCCAUCACUCGAAAUCCCAAACUUUCAAUCUUUACACUUCAUACUCUUCUCAAGUUUCUUCACAAAAUGAAAAACAAGCCUCUAUUAUCACCAAAACCCCAGAUACUAAAACUAAAUUAUCUCAUAUAUUUUCUCAACCCAUAUCAAGAUAUGAACUUUUAAGCCCUGCCCAUGUCACUAAAGUUCUGUUAACUCAUAGAAAUGACCCUGGUUCUGCUUUACAUUACUUCAAAUGGGCUGAAAAGAAGUUUAAUAUGGUUAUUAGUACUGACCCUUAUCUUGUUUUGCUCCAUAUAUUGGCAGGUUCUGAGGAUUAUUAUCGGGUUAUUCGGAACAUGCUUAAUCGAAUGGUUUCGGAUUGUUUAAGUGGCAUUGGUCCAAAUUUGGUUGAUCAGCUGAUUGAUUGUGCAAAAAGGUUUGAUCUUGAAGUGAAUUAUGUUGUGUUUAAUUAUUUGUUGAAUGGUUUUGUUAGGGCUGGUAGAUUUAUCGAUGCAAUUGAGUGUUUUGGUAGGAUUGUUGAAUGCGAGAUUAGUUUGAGUGUUUGGUGUAUCAAUUUUCUUAUGAGUAGGCUUGUUAGGAAUAAUUUGAUUGAAGAAGCUAAAGAUUUGUAUGCGGGAUUGGUUGUUAGAGGGACGUAUGAUUGUGCGACAGUAGAUGUGAUUAUGCGUGCGUGUAUGAAAGAAGAGAGGUUUGAUGAGGCAGAAAAAUAUUUUAGGCAAGCGAAGGGCAGUGGUGUUAAACUUGAUGUGUCGGUUUAUUGUGGUGCUAUUUAUGCUGUUUGUAAGGUACCGGAUGCUGAUUAUGCAUAUGAGUUGUUGAAGGAAAUGAAGGGUUUGGGAUGGAGCCCUGCAGAGGGAACUUAUACGUGUGUGGUUGGAGCGUAUAUGAAUCAGAAAAAUAUGGUUGCUGCGUUAAAGGUUAGGGAUGAGAUGGUUGCUGAUGGAAUUCCGAUGAAUUUGAUAGUUGCAACAAGCUUGAUGAAGGGAUAUUAUUUGGAGGGUGAUUUGGGUAAGGCGUUAGGCUUGUUUGAGGAAAUUGAAAGAGAUGGUCCGGCUCCAGAUAAGUACACUUACUCUGUUCUAAUUCAGGGCUGCUGUAGGCAUGGAAAUAUGCACAAGGCGAAGGAGCUGUACAACCGAAUGAAACUCUCGGGUAUAGAACCAGAUGCCUACCAUGUUAAUUAUUUGAUAAGAGGGUUUCUAGAAGCUGAACUGUGGGAAGAGGCACUCGUACAGUUUCAUGAUGCAGUUGAGUGUGGUGUCUAUAAUGUCUUUAUGUACAAUGUUCUUAUGUCCUCAUUGGGUAAAGCGGGAAAUAUGAGUGAAGCUUGCAAUAUAUUGGAUGACAUGUUAAGUAAGGGGCUGGUACCAAACGUGGUUUCCUACAAUAGCCUGAUACUUGGUUACUGCAGACAAGGGAAUAUGGACUCAGCAUCAAAUUUGUUUGCUGAUAUGCAAGAAAAAGGUCCGAAGCCUAAUGUAAUUACAUACAGUAUACUGAUUGACGGCCAUUUCAGAAAAGGGGGGACAGAAGACGCUAUGAAGUAUUUUAACCAAUUGUUGUCUCAAGGACUCACCCCUACAAAUUAUACAUACAAUAUUCUUCUAAAUGGUUUGUGCAAAGCUCGCCGAACAUCUGAGGCUAGAGAUAGACUUAAGAAGUUGUUGGAAGAUGGCUUUAUUCCUGACUGCAUGGUGUACAAUAGCAUAAUAUAUGGUUUUGUCAAGGAAAAUGCCAUCAAUUCUGCAUUGGCUGUCUAUACUGAAAUGUGCGAAAGUGGCAUUUGUCCUAAUGUUAUUACUUACACUACAUUAAUUGAUGGGCUUCUCAAAAGCAACAACUAUGAUCUGGCUAUCAAACUGAAGAACGAUAUGAGAAACAAGGGCCUAAAACUGGAUAUAACUGCAUAUGGUGUCUUCAUAGAUGGAUAUUGCAAACGUCGAGACAUGGAAAGUGCACGGGAACUUUGUGAUGAACUUUAUGCAGUCGGGUUAUCCCCCAACACAGUUGUUUAUAAUAGUAUGAUUAGUGGCUUCAAAAGUUUAAGUGAUAUGGAUACUGCCCUUAUGUUAUAUAAUAAAAUGAUUCAAGAUGGAAUUCAGUGCGACUUGGCAACAUACACAACUUUGAUUGAUGGGUUACUAAAGGUAGGAAAAUUACUCGAGGCUACAAAUCUCUACACACGGAUGCUUGCUGAUGGUAUCAAGCCAGAUGUCAUUGUUUACAGUGUUCUUGUAAGUGGUCUUUGUAAUAAAGGGCAAGUUGAAAACGCAAGAAAGAUUGUGAAAGAAAUGGAGAGUAAGAACGCAGUUCCAAAUGUUCUCAUUUACAAUUCAAUAAUUGCUGGAUACUUCAGGGAGGGGAAUUUUGUGGAGGGAUUUAAAUUGCAUGAUGAGAUGAUUGAGAAAGGUGUUACACCUGAUGACACGACUUACGAUAUUCUUGUGAGUAGAAAAGCUAGCGGAAAUAGUUCACCAAUCAGUGCUACAUUCUUUAACCUGUAAGUGAUUGGUGAGAAACAGAACGCAGAUAAAAAAAAGUUCAGUACAAAGCAUCUCACAUGUAUAUGCAGCCUACUGACUUUCUGGAGAACGAAAUACCAACAUUUAGUCACUAAACUUCAUAACACCUCUCCUCAAGACUGUCUCUUUAGAAACCUUGUCUAUUGUGAUUCUUACACAUCUGGAAGGUGUCGGGGGUCAUCAUCACUGUGAACUCACAGAACUUUGUCCAUUGUGCUAGCAGUUCUGACAAUCCAGCUCUACCAUUCAGCGUCAGUGAACUCCUUUGGUAUACAACUACCUCAUUGUGCAAAAGCAAAGCGUUUACUCAGUCUUAUUUUGAAAAAGACCAAGGUAAAUGGUUACAAGCCUCUCCUGGGGUGUCUAUGAACACAAAUGUAUUUUCAUCAGGUUAGCGGAAUCUACAACUCAUGAAGCGUAUAAGAGACACCAAGAUAUGCUUAGUUAGGUCAUAUGUUUUUAGAGAGAUGUAUAUAGAGAGGUUUACAUAGAUAAUGUACAAAUUUUUUACCCCACACGUGCUAAAAUUUUUAUGGAUCAUUAUGUAUAUAACUACAUAUGUGGUA